UUUUUGAGGGUGGACAUCCUGAUGAAGAUGAACUUUAUGAAACUUUCAUGAUAGAUACAAAUAUGGUGUAUGAAAUUAAAGAUGAAGAAUUGGUACCACUUGAAAAAUAUUGGGGUACUAUACCAAAAAUUGAAAUGCUCGAUCCAAAUAAGGUGCUAGUAUUUGAUUUUGGUAGUGAAAUGUAUAUAUGGAGUGGUAAAGGAGCUUCAACUGAUAAAAAAAAGCUUGCUACACAUCUUGCUACAGAAAUGUGGCAAGAAGGAUAUGAUUAUACGGAAUGUACUGUGUGUCCAAUUAGUGCAGCAUCUAUGAUUGGUAGACGCACAGUGUCAAAAACAGAUUUGAAAGCUGCUGAAAUCAGACCUAAAUGGUGUUUACUUGCCAAAUUGACACAACAUGUUGAAACGAUACUUUUCAGAGAAAAAUUUCUUGAUUGGCCGAAUGUUUCUGGUAUAAUACGAAUUCGAGCUACUAAGAAUAAAGAGAACGUUGAUGGAACUGUUACCAUAGAAAUGUGCGAUAUUAAUAAUUUACUAGAAGAAAAUACCACUCCAGUUGAUUUCAUUCUUGAAGGAACUCAUUUAGGUAGAGGCACUGGUUGGUAUGACAAUGAGCUAAUGAAACAAUUUAUUAUUACGACAACAGGUCUAAAAGUUUGGCAUAUUGAUGAAUUUUCACAUAGUCUUCUAGACGAUUCAUCUGUUGGACAAUUUUAUUCUGCAGAUAGUUACAUUGUGCAUUGGAUGUAUUCUGUUACAGUUACUGGUCGUGAGCUUAGUGGUUUACCAUCAAAACAUUCUGCAAAGGGACGUGAUCGCUCAGUAUAUUUUAUUUGGCAAGGACAAAGUGCAUCUUUGAAUGAACAAGGUGCUGCAGCGUUACUAACUAUCGAAUUAGAUAAUGAUCAAGCACCUCAGAUUCGUGUAGUUCAAGGGCACGAACCGGCAGCAUUUCUCAAUUUAUUUUCUGGAAAAAUGAUUGUACAUAAUGGCAAGAAAAUGAAUACAAAGUGCGAUGAACGCUGGCGAUUAUAUAUAUGUCGUGGUACUUUAGAGUCAGAGGUGUCUUUAAUAGAGAUUCCUUGUAGUACUCGUCAAUUACGAAGCAGAGGUUCUCUUAUAUUACUAGAUACUAAAAAUAACAAAAUUUAUGUAUGGCAUGGAUGUAACUCUUUACCUCAUAUUAAAAAGAAUGCAAUUAAUGCAGCAACUAAAUUAAAAAAGAAUCAACCUCAAGAAACUGGUUUAACAUCUAUAAAUGACAAAGAAAUUCUUGAAAUUAAUGAAGGAAUGGAACCAGAGGAAUUUAUUAAUGCAUUGGGACAAAUGAACAAAAAGCUGUAUAUAUCAUUAGAAAAAGAUCAAUUACAGGAACAUACUCCAAGACUGUUUCAUUUAUCAAGCAUUUCUAAAGAAUUUAAAUGUAUAGAAAUAUUAUGUCCUCAUCGUGCUUCUUUGCCAACUCCAUUUCCUUUUCUACAGGGAGAUUUGUAUCAAGUUCACCAACCCGCCUUAUUUUUAUUGGAUAACAAAAAUGAAUUAUGGAUAUGGCAAGGCUGGUGGCCCAACACUGGAACAGAGGACCAAUCCGGUAGUAAAGCAGUUAGAUGGCAAGCUGAAAGAAGAGCAGCAAUGACAAUGGCUAUGCAGUAUUGGCAAAGAAUUCAUCCAGAAACUAAUAAAUAUCCGAUUUAUCUAGUCUGGGCUGGUCUUGAACCUUUACAAUUUAUAAAUCUAUUUCCUACAUGGACAUAUCGCGAUGAUAUAGCGGAAUUAAAUAUAGAGGAUGGUCGAAAUCCUGGAGAGGUAUUGACUGUAGAGAAUGAGUUAAUUCGAUUAACGCAAAGUACGUAUCCUCCGGCUCAAUUAUUACAACGACCACUACCACAAGGAGUUGAUCCUACACAUUUGGAGUUGUAUUUAUCUCAACAACAUUUUCAAGAAAUAUUAGGUAUGACUAAAGAAGAGUUUCAAGAACUUCCAGUUUGGAAACAAGUGAACCUUAAAAAAGAAAUAGGACUUUUCUGAUGAAACAUCCAGACUGCCGAUCCUACAAGAAAUAGCUGCCCCUGUAAAGCGAUUAAUAAAGUUUUUGUUAAUUGUUUUAUGAUGUUUAUAACUUCAAACUUUUCAACUUCUCGAUGUAUGAUUCGUGUUUAAGAUAUGCCUAAAGUUGCCUAUCGAUAAAAGAGAAACUAAUGUUAUAAUGCAGUUAAAAAUAUUUACUACUAUUUCAAAUAUAAUAUAUACUACAUACAUACGUGCACCUGUGCGUGCACGAACAUAGGUGAUUAUAUAUUUUUAAUACAUACUAAACAUAAAUUGGCUUGUGAAUAUUUCCUUUAUAUUUGUAUGGGCUUUAUAUUCAAUGAUAAUACAAUGUUUUAGAAUGGCUUAUUCUUACAUGUGUAACAUUUGUACAAGAGCGACUGUAUUCUUUACAACAUACUCCAUGUUUUUGAACAGUAUUCAAUGAAAUUUCUCAAUGUUGCCUUGAGUCUUAUUUCAUAGCCCCUUAUGAUCCUUAAAUCUCAUACAUUAAGUUUAAGGAAGGUUAUAAGUCCGUUUUAUGGAAUGAUCCUUCUUCGAACUUAUCUAUAACGCUACGUUGUUUUAAAAUAACUAUUUUAUACAUUUUUUUAUAUUUAUGAUUUACAUGAUUUUGAAGUAAAAUACAUCAUUUGUAUUAUAAAAUAAUUUAAUUGCUUUUUGACAUAAAAUAUAUCUAAUAUGAUUGUAUUGUUGAAAUCAAUACAUACAUAUAAAAUACUUAUGUAUAUAUGUUGAUAUUUGAAGUAUAUAUAAACAAUAAUAGAAAUAAACAAUCUGAGAUAUAUAAUGAUGUACGUUAUCAACAAAUAAAAUGAUUUAAAAACAAUUUGAUACAUUUAAAAUUAUUUUAAUCAUCAGUCAAUUGUUGUACUUCUUCCAGAGUGUAAUUACAAAUAUCUUCUUCUAUAUCUAUAUUUCUUAUUCUUUUACAAAUUGACCAAGGCACAACAUUAUGUCAAGUAUAAAAGAAUUAUAAAUUACGUUUUAAUAUGUAAUUUAAGAUUACGUUCUGUUCAAAAUUUAUUGAUGUGUGUGCAAAGAACACAAAUUCACCCUAAUGCUUACAAUGGUCAUUUCUUAUUUUAUUCUAUAAUAAUAAUAUACUAUGAAAAAUUUACAUACACACACAUAUACAAAAUGAGAUGCGUAAUAUUAUCGUCUUGGAUAAUCUAAGCAUUUAUAUUAUGAGUUUUUUUAUAUCUAAGCAUUUAUAUCGUGAAGCAUUACUUCAUGAUUUUUUCGCUAUUUAUUUUUUAUUUUUUUUUUACACAAAAUACUAAAUUGUGCAAAAUCGAUUAUAUUCUAUAUAUUUUCUAUUUUUGAAUAAAACAAAAAAUACAGGGUGUUCACAGAUUUACUGUCCAACUUUUUCAAUAGAUGCUAUGAAAAAAUAAGAGGAUAAAAUUGUAUUAUUUUUUGUACGCAAUGUAAUGAUAUGUAGAAAUUCUUUCUAGCCAUACUGCUUUUUGAGAACUGAAGGUGAUCUUCAAUUUUUAAAUGGCUAUAUUUUUUUUUUAUAUUAUAUGAAAGCGAAUAUGAAGAUGAAUUCAACGACUAUAAAUUACAUUGGGUGCAAAAAAAAGUACUUAUCCUUUUUCAUUUCUCUAUAGCAUCUAUUUUUUAUGAGAAAAAACACGAGACAGUAAAUUCGCGAACGCCUUGUAUAUAUUUUUUUAGGUAAAGCAUAUAAUAAUUUAAAAAUUAUUCAAAACAGUAACAUGAAAUACCUUAUUUUGUGAUCAUGCGUGCAUGUAAAUCCAUAUAUCUAAAUUAUCUAAUAUUAAAAUAGUUCAUCAGAAUAAUUAAUUUUAUAUUUUAUGCAUAAUAAUCGUAUAUAUAUAAUAAUCGUGCGUUGGUUGAUAUAAAAUGACACACCAGAUCCGUGAUUUCUUUUCUUGUAUUCUUCAAAUUAAUUAUCUCGUUAUUAAUCUUCAAAUCCAAUUUACAAUACUAGGUAUGUUGGAAUUUGAUGUACUUCCAUUCAAAAUCAGUAGGCAU